AUGAUGGCGGUGCGCGGCUUGCUGCUCCUGACCUCAUCGAUUCAGCUAGGCCAGGUAGCUGCCGCGGAGAUGCCACAGGUCCUGACUUCCAUGCCACAAGAAGCUCGAGCGGCCAGGACCGCAUCGAAGGAGACCGUCGCCUACCUGAACCGGCACAUCUUCGCGGGGAAUGUGCUGAAGCCACUGGGUGGUGGCGUGGAGCAGUGGGUGGUCUCCUUUUGCCCAAGAUGGUGGCAACCAUGCCAACAGCUGGAGCAGACCUUCGUAGAAGCGGCACGACAUUGGCAAAGUGAGCUGAACACGGACCCUUCAGUUCUACGGGUGCGAUUUGCGCAGGUUGACUGCGCUGUGGACAAGGUUCUCUGCAACGAACAGCAUGUGACAACAUACCCAAUGGUAGCCAUCUACCGUGGUGGAAUUCAGAUUGGCUUGAAAGGUAUCGCAAGAGAGCAAAGCGUGACUGCGCUUGAGCAGUUUCUGCAGACCAAUGUCCAGCUCGUUCCAAAAUCUCAGGGCACCGAGGAGUACGGAGAGCCUUCCUCCUUACCGGCGCUGGGCAAGCUUUCGGCAAGCUCAUCUUUCCUGGCCCCUGGAAAUGCUGGCGGUCUGUUGGCAGAAUUCAUGCGAUCUCCUGCUGGCAACAGCGUUGUUGUUGGUGAGCCUACGGCUGCUUGGCACAGCACUGACAUGUCUGAUGUGAGCAAGAAGACGUGUUCCUACAUUACUCUCCUGAGGAUCCUCGUGGAAAUGAAUCGGCAAGGAUCACUGGGCACUCUUCCGUUUCCUUCUUGCCCUGGAGUCCUUCACCGGCUGUCGUCGAAAUCUGCCCUCUCCAUGGAAACGGAGCUCGAGAAGGAGCGGCGGAAGCGGCAACUCUGCGAGGCGGUGCAAGUAGAGAAGCUCGCCUUGGAGACGGAAGUCGCAGACCUCCGAGCCCGUGCCGGCAUGGCAUGUGUGGAAGCUCGGAUCUCGCUGCGCCGAAAGCCGUUCAUGGGCAAUCUUUGCUGCCCUGCUGCGCCGUCGCCAGUCAUCGUCCACAUUUAUGAUGUCACUGGCACUGCGCCCAUGCAGGUUGUUAAUGAGGUGUUGCGCCCUUUUGGCACGGGUGCCUUCCACGCUGCCGUGGAAGUUCAUGGGAGGGAGUGGAGCUACGGGCAGACGGUGAGGGGUCCUGGAAUAUUUGAAAACGAGCCGGGAGAGUGCCAAGAGCACUCCUACCGAGAGGCUAUUCACAUGGGCUACACAGACUUGUCCCCCUUCGAAGUGCAGAUGCUUCUUUCCGAGAUGGCCAAGCGCUGGCCGGGUCGCGAAUACAAUUUGUUGAACAAGAAUUGCUGCCACUUCAGCGAUGAGCUCUGCCAACUUCUCGGAGUUGGAGAGCUUCCCUCCUGGGUCACAAACAUGGCAGGCGCUGCUUCCAAGGUUGGCCCAGGACUCCGCGAACUGAGAGAGAGACUUUUCAACCCCUUCGGCAUCAACCGGGAGAGCCCGGACAAGAGUGGCUCCGAUGAGAAUCAUGCGUCUCGAUGA